AGUCAGUUGGACGUUGACGUCGCCUGUGCACGCUGAACUUGACCGCCUCGGAAGCUGUGGAGUGAAUUUAAAUGAGCGGUUCGUCUGAGCUCCGCUAGUCCAUGUGUCAGCCCCACCAUGAGCUUCCUGUGUCGCCUGUUAACCAGAGGAUUAUUAACCGCACAGCCGCAGCGGCCGACUGGAGCCGGAGCUCAGUGGUUUUGUAGCGGGGUGUCGCGGCUGGACGCCGCUCAGCGAGACAGCGCUGCUAACUCCACCAGCCCUGUAAGCCUGAGCUAUGACGUGUAUGAUGGUAAAGAGGACGGCAUUCCACUUGUCUUUCUGCACGGCUUAUUCGGGAGCAAAUCAAACUUCCACUCUAUAGCGAAGUCUCUGGUGCAGAGGACAGGCCGAAAGGUGCUGACAGUAGACGCUCGUAACCAUGGCAAUAGCGCACACAGCCCGGGUUUGACGUAUGAGGCAAUGACUAAUGAUCUGAAGCAUCUGCUUAACCAGCUGCACAUUGGAAAGUGUGUUCUCAUCGGGCAUAGCAUGGGUGGCAAAACUGCAAUGGCUACAGCUUUGUCACAGCCCAGUUUGGUGGAGCGUCUCGUCGUGGUAGACAUCAGUCCCGUUCCGACGUCAGCUCGUACCUUUAUGAGAGGCUAUAUCGAGGCUAUGAAGGAGGUGAAGAUACCUAGCAACAUUCCACGCUCAACUGCACGCAGGGUGGCUGAAGAUCAGCUCCGAAAUCAUGUUAAAGAGCACUCAAUCCGGCAUUUCCUCCUCACUAAUCUGGUAGAGCAGAACGGACACUAUGCCUGGAGAAUCAAUUUGGAGGCCAUCUCAAAUCACCUGAUGGACCUCAUGGGUUUCCCCAAGUUUAACACAACCUAUGACGGUCCCACCCUCUUUCUGGGCGGCAGUAACUCUGAAUACCUCAGCUCUGAGGAUUACCCUGAAAUCCAGCGUCUCUUUCCGUGUGCAGAUAUCCAGUACAUCCCUGAUGCCAGUCACUGGCUUCAUGCUGACAAGCCUCUGGAGUUCAUCAGUUCCAUUAUCACAUUCGUGCAGUCCUAGUCCCCUGACUGACUCACUCCCUAGGUUAACCUUGUUUUAAUUUUAUUUUUUAAAGAAAAUUAUUUAUCCAUGGCUGUCUAAUACACAUACAGUACUGUGCAAAAGUAUAAAGCACUCUAAAGAAAUAUAGUAGAAAUGCCUUCAAAAAUAAUGAGUAUCAAAAUAAUUACUACAUUGAGUAGUAAAUUAAAAUAUAUAU